AUGGCGGACGAGGAGGUAUCUUCGCCCUUAAUGACUCCAUACAUCUACGUCCCCCUCUCCGCGGAUGCCCAGACUCGCAUUCUCGAGAUCCAACCAUCGCUGGACCCAUCUGCGCUGGUGCGCUGCAUGUUGCGGGACAUCGACAUUAUGUCCGAGGAGGAGUCUGGCUUCGACGCCCUGUCGUACAUCUGA